CUGCUGCUUUUUUUUUUCUUUUCCCUCUCGCCUCCCCCCUCCCUUCUCGGAGCAUUGUGGAAGAGAGUGCUUUCUUCAGGGUAUUAAGCUGAGGAUACAGAGGAGGAGAGGCUCAGACCUUUACCUCGCUGCCUCGUUCUCCCUUCCAUGUGAACGUUCUGCAACGUUUGCUUCAUCCUGCCGCACCUCUCACCUGGCCAGCGCUGUCCGGACCAUGUCCGCUAAGCUCCUGCCGGUUUUCUUCCUCCUCUCGGUGUUCCACGCUUGUUCUAGAAAGGUUGAAGAGGACGAAUAUGAAGAUGGAGCUAACCAAAAAUGGGUUUUAGCUCCAAAAACACAAGACAGAGAUGUGACUCUCAUACUAAACAAGCUGUUGAGAGAGUAUGACAAAAAGCUGCGGCCAGAUAUUGGAAUAAAACCAACAGUUAUUGAUGUUGACAUUUAUGUUAACAGCAUUGGUCCUGUAUCAUCAAUAAAUAUGGAAUAUCAAAUUGAUAUAUUUUUUGCCCAGACGUGGACAGACAGCCGUCUUCGCUUCAACAGCACCAUGAAAAUCCUGACUCUGAACAGCAACAUGGUUGGCUUGAUCUGGAUCCCUGACACAAUAUUUCGUAACUCCAAGACAGCAGAGGCUCACUGGAUCACCACCCCCAACCAGCUCCUGCGCAUUUGGAAUGAUGGCAAGAUCUUGUACACCCUCAGGCUCACCAUCAAUGCUGAGUGCCAGCUGCAGCUGCACAACUUCCCCAUGGAUGAACACUCAUGUCCUCUGAUAUUCUCCAGCUAUGGCUAUCCUAAAGAGGAAAUGGUUUACAGAUGGAGGAAAAAUUCAGUGGAGGCUGCUGACCAGAAAUCAUGGAGACUCUAUCAGUUUGACUUUAUGGGUCUCAGAAAUACUUCAGAAAUUGUGAAAACCUCUGCAGGUGAUUAUGUAGUCAUGACUAUAUACUUUGACUUAAGUAGAAGAAUGGGAUACUUCACUAUACAAACAUACAUUCCCUGUAUAUUAACAGUUGUUCUUUCCUGGGUAUCCUUUUGGAUCAAAAAAGAUGCCACACCAGCAAGAACAGCACUAGGCAUCACCACAGUAUUGACCAUGACAACUUUGAGCACCAUUGCAAGAAAGUCAUUGCCCCGUGUUUCCUAUGUCACAGCCAUGGAUUUGUUUGUGACUGUAUGCUUUCUAUUUGUCUUUGCUGCUCUGAUGGAGUAUGCCACCCUCAACUACUACUCCAGUUGCAGGAAACCAAACUGUACUAAGAAGAAAAAGUCGCUGCCUGAUGUAAGUUUUGGUCAUGUAAUGAAUUAUUCUGUACUUGACAUGAGACCACCAACUACAGUCAUCACAUUGAACAAUGCCAUGUAUUGGCAAGAUUUUGAAGAUGCAUGUGUCUAUGAAUGUCUGGAUGGGAAAGACUGUCAGAGCUUUUUCUGCUGUUACGAAGAGUGUAAAUCAGGCUCGUGGAGGAGAGGACGGAUUCACAUAGACAUCUUAGAACUGGACUCUUACUCCAGGGUCUUUUUCCCUACAUCCUUCCUGCUGUUUAACCUGGUCUACUGGGUUGGAUACCUCUAUCUUUAA